CUUGCGACAGCAUCUCUCGUUGGAGUUCACGCUUUACUCUGUAUAAAAGUCAAAACUGAGUUGGAAGUUGGAGUUGUUAUUAAGAAGUUUUCCGAUAUAGCUGGUAUAUGUGAGUUUCUACAAAGAGAAAUCAUGAACUUCAGACUCUCAUCGCUGAUCCUGCUGUUACACAUUCAAGGGUUCCUAACAUUGAAUAACUUUAAUGUAACCUGUGAUAAACUGAAUAUUUGUGGUGCGAGGGGAGAACUGGUGACAGUGAGGUGCGAUUACUCAAACAUCAACAUCAAAACUGGGUUCUGGUUCAGUCAUAAACAGAGAACAAACUGGAGAAACAAAGAUGAACCUGAAGAUUUGACUUUAGAUUCAGAUUACUCAGGACGAGUGGAUCAGAUGAUCACUAAAGAUUACUCACGACUCACAAUAAGAGAUCCGAGAGAGAGCGACAGUGGAGAAUAUCAGCUCAUGAUCAUUACGAAGGAUGGAGUUAAACAUCUCAGCUCAGUCACAGUCAAUCUAAGAUUCACAGUUGUACAGGUGAAGAUGAAUCCUGAAUCUACAGGACAGCGAGUAAAACUGAGCUGUGAUAACUCCUGCCCUUUAACAUCUGAAUAUAAUUACCGCUGGUACAAGAAUGGACAAUAUUUAACAUUUGACCAAAGCAUAUUUGUGUCAUCCAGUGGAAACACUGACAGUUAUUACUGCUCUGAGUUUGAUUCAGUUCCCUCUUCAUCCGUGUGUCUUUCUAACAGUGGUUGUUGGGGUGUGACUUACACCUCUACAAGAGUUUGUGCUUUAGUGGGAUCAACAGUAGAUAUUCACUCUUCAUACUCACAUCCCACUGGAUAUACAGCAGAGAAAACAUCCUGGCAUUCCGAUUAUAGUGGGGGACUCAGAGAUCUGCUUGAGGAUGCUCAGUUUGCUGGUCGUGUGGAGUAUCUGGGAAACACACUGAGAAUCAAAGACGUCAACACGAGUGACACUGGAAGAUAUCAGUUCAGGAUCAUCACUAACACAUCAGAUAAAGUUUCUGGUUCUCCUGGAGUCUAUCUUACUGUUACAGGUACACAGGUGAGAAGCAGUCCAGACCCUGUGAUAGAUGGAGAAAAAGUGAUAUUAAGCUGUUCAACCAGAUGCACUCUGGAUAGGAAACAUACUUACAUCUGGUAUAAGAAUGGACAACAGGUAACAGAUGGAUUGAGAUUAUUAAACAAGCUGUACCUGGACUCAAUCAACAGUGAGGAGCUACAAGAGUAUUCCUGUACUGUAAGAGAUACAAUGGACAAAACAAAUGCUUAAAUACAUAAAACUGUAGGAUACUGAUUAAAACAAGGCUUGGCUUUCUGAAGGUUUGCUACUGUAAAUCUUUUAAUAAAGCUUUUUUCCACAUAUUAUAUUUGUAUUUAGACAUUCAUAAUCGUCAGAUAAAUGUUAUCUUUUGAAUAUAUUUCUCUGCUUUCUGUUUUGACUGCAGUAUGUGGUAACACUUUCUAUGAAGCCUGUGUUUAUAAUGCAUUAUUGCAGGCAUAUUCCCUUAUAAUAAACAUUAUUAUACUGUAUGUUGUAUUCUCUAAUAAAUAAUCAUUACAAUAGAAACAAUA